AACGAUAAUAGGUUGAGGAAUUAUGGCUGAUGCUGGCGAGUCAUCUCGUGUGAUUUUGAUCCCGAUUGAUGGCAGUGAUCAUUGUGAUCGAGCAUUUCGUUGGUACUUGGAAAAUAUGAAACGUGACACUGACUGCAUAACAUUUGUACACGUAAUAGAGCCAGUUUAUAACACUCCAGCCAUUGGAAUGACAAUGGAAUCUCCUCCAAUACCUGACAUGACACGAGUUAUGGAAGAAAGCAUUGAACAAGGUAAAAAGCUUGGUCAGAAGUAUAUGCACGAAGCUAAAAGUCACAAGCUCAAUGCUAAGGCGUUUUUACAUGUUGAUACCAAACCUGGUAGCUCUCUGGUAAAAGCAAUUUCAGACCAUAAGGCAAACGUUAUUCUGAUGGGCAAUCGUGGUCUUGGAGCUAUUCGUCGUACAUUCUUGGGGAGUGUUAGCGAUUAUGUACUUCACCACGCUCAUAUUCCCGUAGUUAUUGUCCCACCUCAAGAGAAGCAGUAACUUUUUCUUCAAUUAUAAUAUCCAUUCUCCAUUUAAGAGUUAGAAACUAUUACUUUGUGUGACGAUGUCACAGGAUCAAUCAAUAUGAGACUAAAAACUGCACUGACAAGAACCUAUCCUGCAGCGAAAUUGAUUGUCCUGUCCGAAACAACAUGUUCUUUGACACAAUCAAAGGUCGACAGGUAUCCCUUUCAUGUUACCACCAACUGUGUAUACAAAUUUACAUGUACCUGCCAAAGCAGUUACAUUGGUAGAACAGAAAGGAGAGCCUACGUCCGAUUCAAAGAACAUAUUCCGAAAAGUUUAAGAUUGAAUGGAUUGAACUCAUUCAACAGUGCUAUCGCAAGACAUCUCCUUGAUACAGGACAUAAAGCUGAUAUACUGAAGUCCUUCAAGGUGAUUAACAAACAAUCAAACUCGAACCUUUUGAAAUUCGCUGAAGCGUUAGCAAUCAAACGUUUAAAACCAGAUCUAUGCAUACAAAAAGAGACGGUAAUAAAUCUUUCUUUACCCUGGUAACAAUAACCCUCACUCUUUCUAUUAAUUUGCUCUUAUUUAUUUAUUUAUUACGUCAUUAUUGCAACUCUUUCUGAAAUAUAAAUUACAUCAUACAUAACUGAUUGAUUUCAAUUCAUAUUUUCUUUAUUACCAUUAAUCUAUUUUCAUGAGUUCUAAUCACUAUUUCAAUGUUCUGGAACUUUCCCUUUCUAACUUUAUUUAUUUAUUCGAAUCAAACAUUUUAUGAGCUCAUUAACUCUAUCUGAAUCUUUGCUUGCUACAUCAUCAUACACAUGUAUUGAUCCUUAAUCACACUCUUAUGUAUAAAUAUGUCAAUAUCUGUAAUAAUGUUGAAUUUUAAAUAUUUUAGGUUGUAAGCAGCUGAUGAGAACCUAACGAAAUAAAAUGAAUUCAUAUUAUUCUGCACCAAUCUUUGUUCUUGCUCUAUUUAAGAUAAUAAAGGGAACUAUGUGUAUGAAAGAUCACUAUUGUCGGACGCCGAUAAUUAUGCCCGUGUUCUAGAACCUGACGAAUGAUGAAUAUGUGGUCGAUGCAGCCAAAAUUAAGUCUGAAGCCAGCCUGAUUUUCUCGUGUUUGCAGUUCACGAGUCUUAGUUAGGCGUCUGAUAAUUAUCGAGGCUAGUAUUUUAGAUACCAUAUUAGUCAAACUAAUCCCUCUAUGGUUGUCACAGGAUGAUUUUGGCCUUCUCUUAUAUAUUGGGACGAUAAGUGAUUGAGACCAGUCAAAUGUGAUUACGUCCGAC